AAUAAACAUUUUUUUAGGGGCCCACCGUUACAGAUGACAUUACCGGCGCAGCAGAGGAACAAACAGGAACUGGUGAAAAUGCGCCAAGACAUACUUGAUGCGUUGGCCAUUGUUCGCGAGAACUGGCGCUACGAGGACGGCACACUGGCUCGGCCGUUGCAGCGCCUGCAUGCCAGCUGGCUGUGCUACAAGGAGGGUGACCAGUGCAUGCGCACUCUGUGUGACUUCAUGAUGUCGGUGCCUAUCAGUGUGCCCGGCAACUGGCAAGCACUGGCCGCCAUGUUGGCACUCACCCAUAACCAGAUUAUGAGCAUCACACACAAACAAUCAUGUGUGAGAAUCGACAGUGCCCAACUGGUUAUCUGGACCUAUAGCCGGAAUCCGAAUGCAAAUAUCUACAAAAUUAUCGAAUCACUUCAGAUUCUGAAACGUUAUGACGUUUUACAACAGCUGAAAGAACCUUUGCAAUAUUUGGUGGAUGAUGUGAAGUUAUUGCUGGAAAACGAUAAGGGGGGUUUUAUAUACGAAUAUAAAAAUCCUACUGAAGCUGGAGACUUGGCCACCAAUGAGGACGAGUACCUGAUAGCGCCCAAGAACUACCGCAAAGACAUCAACUCCCUGCUUCCCCCCUCACUCAAACCCCAGGUGCGUUCCAACACAGAAACAGUAGGACAGAACAAGCAAGACAACAGCGCUAUCUCGCGGCCAGUCGUGCAACAAGAGACCCUUGUUACCAGACAGAAUGUGCCAGUUGAAACUAUUCCAGAGCCUGACACUUCCAGGUUCCAGCCGACCAUCUUUGUUUUGCUAACGUUUGCUGCGGACGGAGAGGCAGCCGCUAGGAGAAUAGCCAGAAGCAUGCGCACUGCAGUCGACGAUCGGCCUGAAUUCGGUGUGCUCACUCUUGACGAGAACGCACAAAGAGUUCUCGACAAUCCCGAGAUGUUCAUCAACCGAGUGUUUCCACAGUUCCACUUCAUCUGCCCCAUCCUGACGCCGGGCUACCUAUCGGCCGUCAACGCUCCACUCAUCGACAACUAUGCAGACAUGGAUGCGCAGAUAGAGAUGCGCAGUGCCACGGACUCGCUGGACGCACACUACGUCACCUACAUUUACAACCUGAUGGUGAAUGAAUACACAGAGAGCAACUGCCGUAACUGCCGCGUCCGCUGCAUUAUUCCACAGGUGGAUUCCGACACACAGAAGAGUAUACUGACCACAAUGCGACGGCCAGGCUACCUGAGUCCCACUCUCAAGGCCUGGGCUUGGGAGAAGGACUUGGAAAAGUUCCUCAGAAAAUUGAUUUGCUUGUAUGAUUAAUCAUUAUCCCACUAAUGAAUAUGCGAUGGGCUUGUAUAAUAUUCCACAAAAAAUAUACGUGAUUGACUUGUAUAAUUGUUAUUUUAAUAAAUAUAGCAUAUUCAUUGUGUGUGGUAAAUUGUUAUUAUUUCUUGAGUGCAAUGACGGAUCCAGAAAAAUAUUUCGGCUGGGGGGAGGAUCAUAAAAUUGGCGUAGAGAGCACUUUAACUUAACUUUUCAUCAUUGGUGAAAAGGAAUCAAUGUUAUCUUUAAGGAAUGCUGGCAGUUAAAAGCGAUCUACCAACAGUUGUUACAAAAUGUUCUAUUACAAAAUGAUGUGGAGAGUUUAUUUUCAAGAUUAGAAUAGAUAUGGAUUUGCGGGUUUCAUUGGUUGAAUGGAUGUCUUCUUUUUCUCUUGGAAAUUGUGUGAAGAUAAUUAUUCAAGAUAGAUUUGUUUUCGUAUAAUGUUGAUAAGUAUGGAGGGGAAUCUAUAAAAUUAAACUUAUGAGUCUACUAAUUACUUGGAAUGUGCAUCAAUUGUUUGUUAUUCUUUUCAAAUGAGGGAAAGUGGAUUAAAAUGUUAAUAUACCUGUAUUAUCUAAACUAAAAUUCCUUACCCUGUCAUAUUAUGCAAGUUCCGACUCAGCAAAAUAAUUUAUUGUUUUUUUUCUUAAUUAAAAAUAUGAUGGUUCCCCACACAGGACUUUUAGUCCUCGGGGGUACAUGAGAUGAUUUAUUCCUCUAUUGAUGUAGAUGAGUUAUUGUGAUUUCUUUGAACAAAGUGUGAAAUUGUAUUCUCUUAUUAUCUUUAUUUUUAUAAUUUGCAAUAUUGUUGUGAUAUACUCUACUUUUCAUAAUUUCUGAUUAUGUGUAAUGUAUCAAUUGGAAGAAUAAAUGAAUUUAUUAUUAUUA